GGAGCCGGCCUCGUCCUGUGACCUCACGCGUACACUUCCGGGGACACGCCGUGACCCGUAGUCCCGCCCCCUCCCGCCCUCUCUUUCCGGUGCUGGAGUCUGGACAGGACGCGCAGAAAUGGCACCUCGCAAGGGGAAAGAAAAGAAGGAAGAACAGGUCAUCAGCCUUGGACCUCAGGUAGCCGAAGGAGAAAAUGUGUUUGGUGUCUGCCACAUCUUUGCAUCCUUCAAUGAUACUUUCGUCCAUGUCACUGAUCUUUCUGGCAAGGAAACCAUCUGCCGAGUGACUGGUGGGAUGAAGGUGAAAGCUGACAGAGAUGAAUCAUCUCCAUAUGCUGCCAUGUUGGCUGCCCAGGAUGUCGCCCAAAGGUGCAAGGAGUUGGGCAUCACUGCCCUCCACAUCAAACUCCGUGCCACAGGAGGAAAUCGGACCAAGACACCUGGACCUGGGGCCCAGUCAGCCCUCAGAGCCCUGGCCCGUUCAGGGAUGAAAAUUGGGCGGAUUGAGGAUGUCACCCCCAUCCCCUCCGACAGCACUCGCAGGAAGGGAGGUCGCCGUGGUCGCCGUCUGUGAACAGGACUCUUGAAGUUACUGUUUUCUGUUAAUAAAUUGCUUUCAUAUAAGCUA